UCCCUGACCAUUUUUGUUAUUCGGGCCACUCUUCAUUCGUUUUCAAUAAAUUGCUGGAAUAACAAUUCAAGAGUAUAUUUCAUUUAUCUCAAAAACUCAAAUUUCAAAACAAUCAAAUACAAAGUUUAAUUAUCAAGUCAUUUCUUAAAACCAAGUUCAUAAUACAUCACAAAAUUCAUUCGAAAUGCCACCAAAAAUCAUUCAUUUAAAAUCACAAGACGGCGUCGUUGUAUCAACAACUUAUGAGUGUGCUCAACUGAGCCAUACAAUCAAAGACAUGCUAGAAAUGAUUGGAACUGAUAGCAAUGAGGAUGAACCUUUAGAAAUUCCUCUGAUGAAUGUACAUUCUGCUCAACUGCAUAAGAUUGUCGAAUGGAUUGAACAUUGGAAGGAUAUAAAGCACCCUACUAACGAGGAAAUUAAAAAUAUGCCUUGCAAGGAUAUUGAUCCUUGGAACAAAAAUUUUCUAAAAGUUAAAAUAGAAGAGCUGUACGAACUUAUUGCUGCUUCGAAUUACUUGAACAUUCCUGGGUUACUAUGGCUAACAACACGUGAAGUGGCAUACAUGAUAAAAGAAACAAAGGAAAAAAUGGAAAAUCCUUUGAGUGUCAUCCUCGUAAAGUCAGAUUCCAAAGGUGAUCGAUUAUUAUUCAGAUAUCCUUACACAGCUGAUAAGGCUGUUGAUGACUCAAAUAAGCAGAAGAAAAAGCAAAAUCCAUAUUCAAUAGCAUUGAUUGAAGACACACAUCAAAACAUUGAGAAUCCACCUUCUGGUAUUGGAAACAUGUCAGAUGAAGUUUUGUCGAGUCUCUUCGCAUGUAAACAAAAUCUGGCGAAUCAAAAAUUCGAAUUGAAAAUCAACGAUAUUCGCUUUGUGAGUCAUCCAGCUUUAAUGGAGAACAAGAAUUCUUUUAUAUUGAUCAACAUUGUAUUCGCCCUUCAAGCUCAAUGUUCAUAUUCGAUUGUAAAAUGCUAUUACGAGUUAAGCAAACGCUUGGGACUUGGAUUACUUUAUGAAGAACGUCGUGUAAAUUAUUUAACGAAAGAAAUGAAAACCAUGUUGAAGAUUCACGAUGACACGAUUUACGAUCACAAAAGUGAGAAAAUAUUUGAUACGAUCGUUCAAACGUCGUCACUUGCACAAUGUCUUAAAACGCUUUAUCAUGAUUUAUGCACAACUGGUCUCAUUAAUGUUGUGUUGAAUGAAUCGGUGACACUUUGCUUCUGUUUACCACAAAAAGCGUGGAAUUUCCGAUUUUCAGAACGAAGAACAAAAAAUGGACAACAAUUCAUUGAUCCAGAAAUAAUUGACCGUUGCAUUGAUUCAUUGAAGCCUUAUCAUGGAUUUCUUCUUCUUGUGGAUCCUUCAGAACUUCUCGAUUGCGUUCCUCCAUCGGGUGCAAAAAUUCUCCUUCAAUUAAUCGAAAGUUAUAAUCCAUUGAAGUCAUUACAAAGCAUGGCAAGUGAUUCAGAUUUAUCGAUUGAUCAAGUUAAUCAAAUGGUGGGACAUUUAGUUUAUUGGGCAAAGGCAACAAUAAUUUAUCCACUUUGUGAAACAAAUGUUUAUGUCAUCAGCCCCGAUGCUCCUAUUCAUGUGAAUUCUCCACUUGUUGAACGUUUUGCAACGAAGUUUCCUGGAAUGUCUUUAAUAGAAGUUAUCAGUGAUUUCAGUUUACCAACUUCAAUUGGACAUUUGACAACUCCACUGCAACAUCCAGCAAGACAAGGUCGAUUAGCUCAAAUGGUCUUGUGGAUGUUGCAACAUCAUCUUCUAAUGCAACUUCAUACAUACGUUCAGUUCAUGCCUUCUUAUGAAAGAUCAACGAAUGACAAUUCCGGCUUAUCUCUUGCUGACUUUGCAUCAUCUCCGAAGCAAUCAAUAACACAUUCUCCUGAGAAGUCACCUAAAAGUGAUCCACUUGAUGUUCCAAAUGGAAUUUCUGGACAUCAAAAAUUGAAUUCAAAUCAACGAGUAUUUCAAAUGAUUGGAGUUGAUGAUGAAAGCAUAAAUUCAGUUGAUGACGAUGACAAGAUUCGAGAACUUCUCAAUGCAUUUGAUGAAUGUGAUCGUGAAGCUAUUUUAAAAGUUCCUGCUUCAGCCAACUUUGAAGAUCUCAAUUUGAUGGUGCGAUUGUGGCAAAGCGGAUAUUUUAAAGGCGAACAUCAUCUCGAAGAAAUUAUGUUUUAUGAAAAUUUAAGAAGAUCACAACUUCUUCAACUCCUAGACAAAUUUAGAGACGUUUUAAUUCUCUACGAAACUGAAGAUCCUGCAAGCUGCUUAUUAAGACAUGAAAAAGCUGAAAUAAUUCGAAUUUCUGAGCCAAUAAAAUCAACAUGGGCAAAAGAGAAAAAUCUCAAUCUUACUGAACUUCUUAGUGAUGGACCUUAUAAAGAGAAAUAUCGGAAACAAAUGAUUCAAUGGAGUGAUGAGAAGCGCGCAAUUGAUUAUGGAAUAUUUUGCUGUGAAGCUUCAAAGAAAAUAUCAAAACCAAUCGUUAUCGUUUCUGAUAUUCGAAGAAAAACUGACAUCAAAUGGUUUCGCGAAACCUUCAAAGACAAAAUCAAACUCAUUAGAAUAAAAUGUGAUGAUGAAAUAAGAUGCAAACGAGGAUGGAAAUUUGAGGCCGGAGUUGAUGACAUUCAAUCUGAAUGCGAUCUUGAUAAUUGGGACGAUACAGCGCAGCAGAACCUUUCGUCAUCGAGAGAAAAGGGCAAAUAUUAUUCUACGAAGUUUGAGCCUCCUAAAAAAGUGACGAAAGAAAAAAGAUUAUCAGCUGGUAUUCAGAAGUUUCUCGAACAGAAAAAACGUGAAGAAGAACAAAAAGCAGAAGAAGCUCGAAGGAAAAAGUUGGAAUUAGUUGCGCGACGUGAUCCAAAAGAGCAGAGGAAAAUCGACAAAACAUUAAAAGUCAUCAAAUCAAGUAAAAAAUUCUAUUCUGGUGACAAAACAUUAGAUGAAAAUACGGCAAUAACACUUGAGAAUCAGCAACCUGAUGAAGACGAUUACGGCUACACAUCAACAGUCUCUGAUCAGUUUCACAAGAAACUCAUGGAGAAAUAUUCGCAACAACCUGAAACAAAGAAAUUCUCAUCUGGAUCAAUUAAAAAUAAGCCACUGUCAAAGGAUGAGAUUCAAAAUACAAAGGAUCGUGUAAAGAAUGCUUUUUCUUCCAAAGAUGAAGAAAUUCAUAUCAAACAAGGACCACAACACAGAACAUCGAAGCUAAAAAGUGAUACUUCUUCAUAUUCUUCAUCGUUAGAAAAAAAGAUUCCAGAAAAGCCAAAAUUUAAACCUAAACCAGCACCAAUUGUAGAUUUCCAACAACUUUUAAAACUCGCUGAACAGAAGCAACAUGAAGAAAUUACCAUCGAAGUGCCACAAAAGAAAGAACCUGAGCGUCUCUUAACACAUAAAGAGAAACUUGAAUUAGAAGAAACAGCUGCAAGAAAAGCAAGAAGUAAACAAAACAAAAUGGUUAAACAAGGAGCCAUUCCUAGAAUAAACGAAAGUACAAGACAAGAUAAGAACAACAACGAAAACUUGUUGAAUAAAAAAGCUGUGCAAACGAAAGCCAUCACUAAUCCAAUGUACAAUCAAAAAGAGAAACAAAAACCAUCACCAAUUGUUUCCAAAGCUGCCAUUCCAAACAACAAGCCUUCUUCAAUCAGUUCUAGUAGUUCAAAUUCAAAAUUAAAAGACGCUUUACAAAAGCCUUAUAAUGGAAGCUCACCAAGCCAAAAGGAUUUAAAUGUCUCGAAGAAUCGCACUGCACUUCCAGCAUCUGUUGCGAAGACGAAAGAAGCUGUUAGAAAAAAUUCUCCACUUGCCUCAAAGCCAUCAUCAUCUCAAGUGAAACAAAUUGAGAAAGCUCAAGCAAUACCAUCAUCAUCUAAAAUGACUGACAAGCCACGCGACUUCCCACCGAAAGAUCUCAUGAGAAGUCGAGAGUUUCCACCGAGAGAUCUCGUGAGGGGUCGAGAGUUUCCACCGAGAGAUCUCAUGAGGGGUCGAGAUUUUCCACCAAGAGAAAUGAAACGACCGAAACAGCUACAAAUAUCAAAUAAACGUCGAAUUGAAGACGAAGACAGCGAAUAUGAUUCUGAAUUGGAUGAUUUUAUUGAUGAUUCUGAUGUUAACAUUGAUUACUCGGCUGAGAUAAAAAAUAUCUUUGGAUAUGACAAAUCAAGAUAUCGUGAUGAAGAUUUUGAUGAUUCUCAAAUGGAGUCUGAUUAUCGUACUGUGAUGAGGGAAGAGUACAUAAGCAAGAAAGCUGGAAUACUCGAAGAUCUUGAGGACAUGAAAAUGGAAGCCGAAGAGAAGAAACGCAAAGACAUGAAAAUGAAAAAGAAACGAAAACUUUGA